AUGGAAGAUUGGCUAUUUGCUUCACUGUUUCCUUCAAGUGUCAAUGUUCUUCAAAUGGAAGAUUGGCUAUUUGCUUCACUGUUUCCUUCAAGUGUCAAUGCUCUUCAAAUGGAAGAUUGGCUAUUUGCUUCACUGUUUCCUUCAAGUGUCAAUGCUCUUCAAAUGGAAGAUUGGCUAUUUGCUUCACUGUUUCCUUCAAGUGUCAAUGCUCUUCAAAUGGAAGAUUGGCUAUUUGCUUCACUGUUUCCUUCAAGUGUCAAUGCUCUUCAAAUGGAAGAUUGGCUAUUUGCUUCACUGUUUCCUUCAAGUGUCAAUGCUCUUCAAAUGGAAGAUUGGCUAUUUGCUUCACUGUUUCCUUCAAGUGUCAAUGCUCUUCAAAUGGAAUAUAUGUUAUAUAUAUAA